AUGGCGGUCUCGCGGACACCAUCGACGAUUCCUGUCCCUGAUAUGCGGACCAUGGACAUGCCGCGAGAGCUACGCCUGCUUGUGGCCUCGACCGGCUCGACCGCGGUGGGCUUUGCCGAACGUCUCUUUCCUCAACUCUUGCAGCAACCACACGUGGUUGUCGAGGGGUUGGUUGACUCGGAGUUAUGGAAAGAUAGUACGAUAUUGCAUGAUUACACCAUCACCUCGAACACCCAAUACGAGCAUGUGUCGUCGCGCGAGCAGUACGUCCGCAACCUUGCAUUGCAGCGAAAGGCGGCCAGCCUGAGCGAAUGGGCCGAUUUAUUAGUUCUCGCCCCCAUAGAUGCAGAUACACUUUCCAAAAUGCUUCAUGGCAUGGCCGAUACGCUGUUACUGGAUCUCUUGCGGAAUUGGGAUGUAUCGAAGAAGAUUCUGCUUGUGCCCGGCAUGUCCGUCACCGCCUGGGAAAACCCAAUGACCAAGAAGCAACUGAACAAAAUUCGUCGCAAAUGGAACUGGAUUCGGGUUCUGCAACCACUUUUGUACCGCUUUCGAAAGGGAGUCGACUUGGAAAUGCUCGACUGGAACUGCCUGGACGACCUCGCCGACACGAUUCGGAACCAAGUUGAUCUGAUGACAAUUGGCCAAGAAGUGGACAUGACCAUGGGGAGCGUGUCGGAAAACUACCAGGGCCGUAAUGCGCGGCCAAAGAGUACUUCCAUCAAGCUUCCGCCCGAAAUAUGGACCAUGGUGUUUGAGUAUCAUGGCGACUGGGAGCUCGCCAAAGCCCUGGGCGUUUACACGACGCUACCAACACCUCCAGAGUGGCAACGACAUGGUCAUUUGGAUAAAAGUCAAACGUACAUGAGAGAGCUUGAAUCUACUAUUCUUACCGGAUCGGUAUCCGACGUUGCUAACAAGCUUCGGUCAUGCGAGCCGCCUGUCUACCUGUCGCGGCUAUGCGUGAAGCUAAUCAUCAAAUUUGGCCUAACAAAUCUUCUAUCCUACCUAGAGAGCAAUCACAAGGAUCUAUUUUGGGCAACAUUCGGACAUACCCUCCUACCUACUAAAGCCAGCGCGGCAUUUGGGCGUGUAGAAAUUCUCGAAUGGUGGCGAACGUCGCCGUCAUUCCUUACGAAAGAAUACACCUCUGAGGCGAUUGACGGCGCCAGCAAAGCAGGCUUUGUCCACGUUCUGGACUGGUGGAGAAAGUCUGGUCUCCCACUACGCUACACUGAGGCGGCACUCGAACAAGCCAGUUCCAAGGGACACAUUGACGUGCUAGAAUGGUGGAAGAGCGCGUCCAUGCACGAGGGCAGCUGCUCCACUGACGUCGAGAACGUAAAGCACACUCUGACCGGAUCGAACGCUGCCGGAGGGCCCAACCUUGACCGCAGUUCCAGCGGAUAUCCAAUUCCCACUUCUCGCCGCGGCAGCCACCUCUUAACGCCUCCAAAACAUUCUCCCUCAUCAUCAUCAUCAUCAUCUCCCAUCCGCGAUCCCCACUCUCUAGCAUUCUAUUCUUCCGCGCCUACAAUCAAGCCCUCCAUCUCGUCUUCUCCAUCUGCUUCUUCCUGCCCACCCUCGACCGCCUCCGCUUUCUCCUUCCCGCCGAUCCCGCCCGCCAUCCAAACCAAAUACCACACUCGAAUUUCUACCGCCACCUCCUCUUCCCACAACAACAACCCUCUCUCUUCCGACCGACCCAACUCUACCCCUCCUUGCUUCCCAACCGUCUCCUUCUCUCCCUCCCACACCGACCCCCACCACACUGAUACCUUCUCCGCCCCCUCCUCCUCCUCUUCUUCUUCCUCAUCAUCAUCAUCCCCGCUCCACCUAAAAGUCGGCCGCUCCAUCUGUUUCGCCGCACAAGCUGGCCAAACCAGCGCCGUCAAAUGGUGGGACGAGUCGGGUAUCCCCUACUCGCACGAAGAAACCGUCGCCAAGAUCGCCUCCACGCACGGCCACGUCGCCGUCCUGGUCCUCUGGAAAUCCCUCAAAGCCGAGAAAAUGAUCUACGAUAACCAAGUCCUCGUCGGCCCUACCAAAAACGGCCAUGCCAACGUCCUCGAGUGGUGGAAACGCUCGGGCUUCAGAGUCGAGUACAAGACGUGCGAUAUCGAGGAGGCCCUCGAAGAUUCCCUCGGUGGCAAAGGCGAAGAAGAGGUCCGCGUCUGGUGGGCCCGCAAUGGACUCAAUUUGGGCGUCGGCACGAGCGAGUGGAUGAAGGUCAAGGUUUUGUGA